CUUCCUUGCUUUCCCUAGUAAUUAACCUUCCUGUUCUAGCUGUCAACCAACUUCAUUCCAGUUUUUAGCCAUGAACUCAGUGAAGACGUUCCAUGAAAAUGAACAGCGUUCAGUUGCAAGGAAGGAGACGAUGAUCAGUGGCAACCGACCCUCUCCAUUGAAGAUCAACAGAGAUUCUUAUCUCAUUCAUAAACAACAGCCUUCUCGCAUGGCCGGAGCUCAUGGAUAUCAUCAACAGCAACAACAGCGGCACCAUCCGGUCAUCAUUUACACUCAGUCUCCAAAAGUCAUCCACACACGACCCCACGAUUUCAUGGCUUUGGUCCAAAAGCUCACCGGCCUCUCACGGUCCGAUGAAGAACACGUCGUUAAAGAAGACCAAACUCAUAACGAAGCUGCUCACAAAACCCUACAUGCUCGUCAAGUUGAGGAUAGUACCAUCAUCCACAGGUGUAUUAAUGAUAAUGAAACCUCUUCUGGUGUGACAGAUGAAAUUAGUGGGGGUGGUGAUGAUCAUCUUCAUGGGGAGAAUAUUAAUGUUGGCGGUGAUGUUCGAGCUGACAGUUCCUGUUUUAAAGCAUCAUCAGCAGGUCCAAAUCGCACUUUAAGUGGCUUUAGCCCAAUGCAGCAGCAAAAUCAGUAUCCAUAUUUUGCAGAUAUUCCAAUGUUUACGCCGACUUCGACGGAUCAUCAUCACUUCCUCUGCUCACCUCGCCCGCUUUACAGAUUUCCGGAUUCGAGCUCACAGAUCUCUCCGAGUACUCUUUGCGGUUCAAUCUCUCCUUCAAUGUUCAAGUUCAUCAAGGGACUACCAGAAUACUAAUCGAUCGACACAUUCAUAUGGUCAAUGAUUACCUAAGCAGCUAGCUAGCUAGCUAGCUACUACUACACUUUUAAUUCAUUGAUUAAUUCUUUCAUUCUGUUGCUCUUGUCCAUACCUCCGUUUCUUGAUUCUUGUAGAUUGAUCAAUUUCUGUAAUUUCCACUAUUGUCAAGGAAAGCUGCUACUAGCUCCAUCUUUGAUUUUUAUGAAUUUGACUAUUUAAUUUAUGAUAUCAAUUUACGGGUCAA